AACCCUGUGUCCAGCCCUCACUGGAGCAGCUAGUUUUUUUUUUGUUUGGAGUGAGCCCUGGAGCAUUGCAUUAAGGUGUUGGAUCUUUACUAUGGGAAAGGCUCAUUGAUUGCUCCUGCAUGAAGUUGUGUCUGGCUUUGCCCCCUCUCCCCAGCUCCAUGGCUUCCUUCCCGGACUCCGACUUCCAGCUGUGCCCCCUGUGUAAGGAGAUGUGCGUGUCCUCUGCCCCCAUCUCCUCGUCCAGCUCGUCCUCCUCGCAGAGCAGCAGCAGUGGUGGUGGUGGCAGCAGCCUGGGCUCGGCUCCCCGCCGGCUCCACGUCUUGCCCUGCUUGCACGCCUUCUGCAGGCAGUGUCUGGAGGGCCACAGGGGCCCCGGGGACUCUCUGCGCUGCCCGGUGUGCGAUCACAGCGUGCUGAUGUCGGAGGGCGGCAUGGACGCGCUGCCCAGCUCUGCCUACCUGCGGCUCAGUAACCUGCUGGAUGCGGUGGUGGCGGCGGCGGAGGAGCCGCCUCAGAGUAAUGGGAGUCGGGCUGCUGGGGGGGCUCGGAGACCCCAUCAGCCGCCCCCCCGCUCCCGCUCGGCGUCCUGCUCGUCCUCCAGCCUCCUCCGCCGGGCUCCGCUCAGCCAGCCCGAGCCGCGCUGCUCCUCCUGUGACGAGGGGAGCGGGGCCAGCUCGCACUGCCUGGAGUGCCGGGAGAACCUGUGCGACAACUGCGUGCGGGCCCACCAGCGGGUCCGGCUCACCAAGGACCACUUCAUCGAACGCUUCCCGGCCAGUCGGGCGCCCACCUCCCCCUGCGGAUCCGUGGCUUCCAGCGCCGCCACCACCUCGUCCUCCUCCACCUCGUCCUCUUACCAGGGCAGCGCCUUCUCCGUCCUGUCCGCCUUACCGGAGAGACUGGGCUACUGCCAGCAGCACGACAGCGAGGUCCUCCAUUUCUACUGUGAUUCUUGUUCUAUCCCUAUAUGUCGUGAUUGCACUAUGGGACAUCAUGCUGGACACAACUUUAUCUACCUCCAGGAUGCCCUCCAAGACUCAAGGGCAUUGGCUAUCCAGCUGUUAGCAGACGCUCAGCAAGGUCGCCAAGCUAUUCAGCUGAGCCUAGAGCAGGCCCAGGCACUGGCAGAGCAGGUUGAGAUGAAAGCCAAAGUGGUGCAAUCCGAGAUCAAAGCGGUCACAGCCCGGCACAAGAAGGCCCUUGAAGAGCGGGAAUGCAAGCUGCUUUGGAAGGUUGAAAAGAUUCGACAGGUGAAAGCAAAGUCUCUCUACCACCAAGUUGAGAAGCUACAUCAGGCUUUGAGCAAGCUAGACAGUACAAUCAAUGCAGUGGAACAGGUCUUGGAGGAUGGAUGUACAAUGGAUAUUCUAAUUGCUCGGAAUCGUUUCUUAGCCCAGGUGCAAGAUGUCAAGAGUGCUAGGGGUCUCCUGCAGCUUCAGGAGGAUGAUCGAAUCAUGUUUACCCCUCCUGACAAAGCGUUGCUUCUUGCCAUAAAAUCUUUGGGCUUAGUUAGCAGUGGAUCUUUUGCAGCUCUUACAAAAGCCACCGGAGAAGGCUUGAUGCGUGCUCUUCAGGGCAAAGUUGCCUCUUUUAAAGUUAUUGGAUAUGACCAUGAUGGGGAACCACGGGUGUCUGGUGGUGACUUAAUAACUGUACUUGUUAUGGGUCCUGAUGGUAGUCUGUUUGGAGCAGAGGUCAAUGAUCUGAUGAAUGGUACCUACUUGGUAAACUACAGGCCUCCACUUGAAGGAGAACACCUUAUCUCCGUGAUGGUGUGCAACCAACAUAUUGAGAACAGUCCAUUUAAAGUAGAUGUGAAAUCAGGCCGAUGCUAUGUGGGUGUUGGGCUUCCUACAAUGUCAUUUGGUGGGGAGGGAGAUCACGAUGGAAAGCUUUGCCGCCCCUGGGGUGUUUGUGUGGAUAAGGAAGGGUAUAUCAUUGUAGCCGAUAGAAGUAACAAUCGUAUCCAGAUAUUCAAGCCAUGUGGUACCUUCCAUUAUAAGUUUGGUAGCUUGGGAUCAAGACAAGGUCAGUUUGAUCGGCCUGCAGGAGUAGCUUGUGACAGUUCCCGUAGAAUUAUUGUGGCAGAUAAGGAUAACCACAGAGUACAAGUCUUCACUUUUGAAGGCCAAUUCAUACUGAAGUUUGGAGAGAAGGGGACCAAGAAUGGUCAAUUUAACUACCCUUGGGACGUUGCUGUAAAUUCAGAAGGGAAGAUCCUGGUUUCAGACACGCGUAAUCACCGAGUCCAGCUCUUUGGACCAGAUGGGACAUUCCUGAAUAAGUAUGGUUUUGAGGGAGCACUCUGGAAACACUUUGAUUCACCACGUGGUGUGGCCUUCAGCCAUGAUGGAUACCUAAUUGUGACAGAUUUUAACAACCACCGGCUGCUCAUUAUCAAACCAGACUGCCAGUCUGCACAUUUUUUAGGCUCUGAGGGAUCGGGCAAUGGGCAGUUUCUCCGGCCACAGGGAGUGGCAGUUGACCUUGAGGGGCGGAUCAUUGUGGCAGACUCUCGAAACCACCGUAUACAGAUAUUUGAACCAAAUGGCAGCUUCCUAUGCAAGUUUGGCACCCAAGGAAGCGGAUUUGGCCAGAUGGAUCGGCCAUCUGGCAUAGCUGUAGCACCUGAUGGCACAAUAGUUGUGGUGGAUUUUGGCAAUAACCGUAUUCAAGCCUUCUAAUCCAUUUGCAACCUUAAACUGUCUCAGGGAAUUCCUAUCCAGUAUAUAAUGUGCAACGUUGUUAAGCAACUACCUCAUUUUUUUUAAUUUUUUUUUUGUCUAGAAAACACAUAUACUGUUAUUUGCAAAAACAGAGCCUUUGAAAUCUAAAAACAACGUUUGGGAAGAAAAUAAAUCUACCUCAAAACCUCUUGGAAAGAGGGUUAUAGAACAACCUGUUUUUCUGAACCUGCACAAUUUAUUGAUAACUGCUUACCUCAGACUCGAAUGAAGCAAACUGACUUGAAGCAGUACUGACCGCGCAAAGAGAAUUCUUAGAGAUCCAAACAGAAGAAGCCAAAAAGGGCUAUAAACAUUUUACAUUUCUGUUUGUUUUUAACACCCAUUUCCUCUACAACCAAAUUAAUGGUUUUCUCCUUUAACUGUGCUGCUGCAAAAGAGGGCGUCCUCCACAUUAUCAAUACCUCAAUACUUUUCAAAACUUAAAUACCUCAAUAUACAUUUCUACAAAGUGGUUUAACUUUCUGGCUAUAAUCACAUACCUCAGUGGCUGAUAACAGCAUAGUUAGUAUUCUAUAUGCUCCUUUGCAUUUUAAGCACAGCAGACCCUUGCAUUGCAAUGCUUGUUGCAUUUUGAAUGUUUAUUUAAUGUUUUGUUUCGAUCCAUCUACACUUAAGAUAUCUGAGUUAACGCUAGUCAUGUAUUUUAGUAGUGUUGGAAGGUUUUUAUUUGUUUCUCUAGAUAUUUUAAUGCAGAUAAUGUGCAAGCAUGGGGAAGCUCCGCAUUAUACCCAUACCUCAAUCCAUACUUUUUAAACUUUGUUUUACAUGCACAAUCCUCAAAAUAACUGACAAUUUGGGGGAGAAAAUAUAACUGUAGAUAAUGCAACAACCGGAUCUGUCAAUACUUUAUUUAUCUUUUCUGGAAAUGAGCACUCUCUUAAUUUGGCACCACCCCAGAGCAAAUGCAUAAAGAGUUGCAGACUUGCUUCAUUCCAAACCUGAUUCAAAUUUCAAAAUUUCAAAAUUUAGUGAUGGCAUCUGCAUAAUGAUUUGUCAUUUACUCAAGAAAGACAAAACAUACACAGGGUUAUUCAUGAAAAUGUGAAAUUCAAAUUUUAGACCAAAGCGAAAACAUGAAUGUGAAGAAUAUAUAUAUUUUUGUAUAAUUUAAAAAAAAGAAAAAAGAAAAAAAGAAUUUUCAGUUCCUGCUAAAAUUUG